CUCUACGCUAGUUGCCGAUUCCAUUGGGAUUACUCACUGCGAUUUACAACUGACACUCGCUAUCUCUGACCCUGAGGACGGAAGAAGAAGACUCAUUCGUGUUUCGACCUUAUCAAUCUGCGGAGUGAUAUCGAUUUUUGUCCUCUGUACUGUUCCUGACUUUUUUUUUGCGACCGAACAAGGAAGAUUUCAAGUUCAUGCUCAUCGAUUAGAGCAGUGAUACGGACUGAGAUACCGACAACGAAUCAACCGACCGACCGGGAUGUCGUCCGGCUACAAGCACCUGUAUUCCUGUGUGACCUUCAUUUUGUUCAUGGUGGUGGUAAAUUUUUACAAGAAUAAAAUCCAUCAAGCUCGGGAACGAGAGGCCUUUGUCCGUACCAAGACCCGAGGCAACAUUCCCGUGAAGCAUUCGAUGCAGCUGAUGAAACACCGUCCGGUGGCGAUGUUCGAGGAUGAAGAAGAUGAUGAUAGUUGGUUCAGUGGUGGUAAGGGUGUUGGAAGGACAAACGAUGGACACGAAAUGACGUACCGGGAAUCCGUACUGGAGCGAAUGAAGGAAUUUCCAGAUGAAUGUAAAGAUAUGGAAGUGUUCUGUUUCACCAAGGAAAGAGUAGAUGGAGAGCAGACCGGUGCAAAGGGUUAUGAACCACCUGUCGGAGGCCCCCAGCAGAAGACAACUACCAACAACACGCGUCAGCAAGACACCUCACAAAAUUCGUCGGUGUACGUGUUCUUAUCGGUGCUGAUAAUUCUGCUGAUUGCCGCAGGUGUAGAUAUCGCCAAGCAUAUCAGAGCCAAUCCGAGACAAGAUAACAUUCGACGUCUGUCGCUUCAAAACUAUCAAGCGCUAAUUCGUGAGAAGCAGAAACAAUUUCGUAUGAUGAAACAGCAUUACUCACAACCGUCGAUGUCGAUUAGUCGAUCGAUUGAUGAGUCAAACUUUCCCCUGCCACCGCCCUGCUUGACAGCAAACUUCACCACUCGCACUAAAGAGGACCUCGAAAGCCACGAUUCGAAGGCACCACCACUGCUUCAACGACGUCAAUCCGUUCCGGCACUGAUGAGACCGAGCAGCUCGUUGCUAAGCAAGAACGGCAGCACUUAUUCAAGGCAAAUGUGUCGGCGUCCUUCGGUGGAUUCGUACGGCGGAUUCGGAGGUGGCGCCGAACGGGAAGUGGUUGAUUUGGCUAGCUUCAACACCAACAAGGCGCCCAACGGAUCACCGACCGAAAUGCGACGAAGGGUAAGGAUGCUGCACAGACAUUGAACGUCCCUGAGAGGGAAGGUCAACUUGUUUUCGGUGCACAAAACAAAUUCUCAUUUAGCGGGAUAGUUGGGCGGUUAGCAGUUUGACUGCGGGGUUUGUGAUUAUCUAGGAAAAGAUUUGUGACGCAUUCUGCCAAAAGAAACAAAACGAAAAAUGUGUAAACGUAAAUGUGAUCUUUAUAAAGAGUACACACACAGAAAUUACUUUCAGAUGUAUUUUAAAUGUAAGAUAAAAUGGAACUAUUUAUGUGCUGGUUAAUGGAUCAUAUCAAUGUUGUUUUUAGAACGGAUAAUUAUCACUAUUUUUUAAGCAGAUCUACUCUUAAUGAUAAGUAAUUAUGAAGACAUUUCAUUCACAUUGCGUGGGCGAUAAUUCCUCAAAUAAGUAACUAAAUAUAAACAAUCCGUGAUGAAUAAUGGAUUUAGUCAAAAAGUUUUGGAUGUGCUAUUACACUGUACUGCUGAUUGAAGUUAUUUAUGUCUGCACUAAUUUAGUAGAAUGAACGGCAGACUGAUGCAAAUUUUGAAGCUUUUGCUUGAUAGGACUCACCAGUAACAGCCCCAAUUUGGGUUCUCAACAACCUCCAAAAAUUUGAACUUAUUUAGUAGAGAACUGACUUGGCACAAACCAUAUGAAGUUUAUAUGAAAAUUACUAUGAAAAAUCAAACCAUUACCGUAUUGUUCUGAGGAAAAGAUUGAAAGCUUAAUUUAAGAAAAUUUUAUCAGCUACGACUUUUUUGUUCAUUUUUCAUUUUUCAAUGAACAAGAUUGUCGGAAUCCUUUCACUUCACGUUUCAAAGGCAUCAAUCUCUACAUCAAGGAGUCGUACAGAUCCAGAAUUAAAUUCAGUGCUUGCUUCUCAGCAAGUAGGGUAAAUUAUAUAAAGAAAGAGAGAAUGAAUAGUAAUUUUCAUUUAAUUCCACUACCUUGAUUGCUUAUCUUUGACAGAUACGUGUAUUUUGUCAACAACGUGCAGACUUCUUGAGUGUCUUGUACUAAUAGUUGUCGAGUAUUAGUACAAGACAUUGUAGACGAAAUACACGUAUCUAUCAAUGGUAAGUAGUUCAGGUAGUGGAAUUAAAUGGAAAUUCUAAUCCUUUCUCUAUGGGGAAUCGUUGUGGAAACCUUAUUUCUGAUUAAUCUCACUAUCAUCUAGAUAUUUCAAGACCACAAAUUUCAGCUCUCACAAAAAUGAACUGUGAAACGUUUGCUGCAGUGGCCGCAGGGAGUUCCAAUUUCAUGAGUGAUGUUACAACAAUGCCCGAGAUUGUGCUCUUGAAAACUCAAAGUGAUAGGACAUAUGAGUCAUCAUGACUCUUCAAGGAAUCAUCUUAUACAAUUAUUCCUCUAUAUACGCCCACAUUCAUCAGGUUUCAGGAAAAAAUGGCUUAUUAUGAACCCCCUAGUAGCUGUUUUAGCCAUUUACACUAAACUCAUGACCUUUUAAUAAUUGUUUCAGCUAUGCUUAGGUUGCGUUAUGUUUUUCACUUCCUAUGCUUAGAAUGGUUGAGACGUAAAAUAAGUAAAUUACCUAAUUUUAGCCAUGCACAUCUGCAUUACAAGUUGAAGGCAGCAUCAACAUUUCAUGAACCAGCCGGGGUCCAUUAUUGGGGUGGAUGGAUGAUGGGAUGAUGGACCGUCUAGAAGACAAUAGAGAAUCAUCUCAAAUUUAUGAAUUCAGCUUAUAUACAAGGUAGAAUCGAUGGAUGGCGUCCCUAAUAAACAAAUACCAUAUACGAACGAUCACCGAAUGUAAAAACUAUUCAACAAAUGAUUUAUUUCUGUUGGUUAUGAUUUUACAUUGAUUUAACACUUCAAUUGAUUAGACAAUCUGGCUCUUCAUCUUUGUUUAAUUUGUUAUUCUAAUUUACGUAUUCACCAGAGACGAUGUGUAAUAAGACACGGCCAACUAAGUUAUGUUGUCUGCAAGGUUUGGCAACCCGCAAUUUCGUGUUAGCUUCGAGUGACUUUUAAUUUAAGCUACUGUCGUCUGCUAUACUAUUUUGAUCGAGUACUUUUGUAGUCAUUAUUUGAAAAAUUCCAUUGUAAUGCACGGCAUCCUUCUGUAAAAAUACACCGAAUAAAAUGUGGCAAAAUGUAAGUUUCUGGUUUCCCAAAGAUAGCGACGCACAGUGGGACUAAAUUAAAAAAGAGGGACAUGGUCAUUUGCGACGAAACUAUUGAGUGUAGCAGUUUGAUGUCUUCUAGAAUG